UCUGCAAAGCUUGGUGCCCUGGUCUUUGAUGAAGUUAAGGUACAAGAAGGACUUGUUUUUGAUCCAGCAACAUGGGAGUUUAUUGGGUUUACUGAUUUUGGUGAAGAUGAACACAAUACCUCUGUUACCUCUGCUUGUAAGCCAGAGGAAAACAUUGCAACCCAUGUACUACGGUUUUUCUUUAAAAGGUUGUUUUCAAAUUUCGAAUUACCUUGUGCUUAUUUCCUGACGAGGGGAAUAACUGCUCCAAAACUAAAUAGAAUUUUCUGGCAAGGAGUCAGUUUGUUGCAUGGCUUUGGCUUGACAAUAUUACUUUCCAUCUGUGAUUGAGCAUCUGAAAACCGUACGUUUAUAUCAAUGAAUGGAACUAAUCAGUUUAAAGGCCGAGUUUCAAUCGUUUUUCUCGAAGACCAAUAUAUUUCUUCUCAGAUACACCUCACCUGGUUAAGAAAUUAAGGAAUAAUUUGUACAACAGUGGAUUCAAAGACAACAGUCCCCGAUUCACUCGAACAUUGACACUAAACAAACAGUAUGUUUUAUGGGAUCAUAUAUACUCAGUUUAUCAGCGUGAAAAAAGACGAAGAUUAUAUGCAACCUCACUGAGAAAAGCCUUGAGCUGGAUAACUUAAGCAAAAUGAGGAUAAAGCUGGCAGUUAAUACUCUUUCACAAAAAGUAGCAGAUGAGAUGAAAGCCCAUGAAAAUAAUGUAACAGAGUCCACUCAACAAUAUAUCACCAUGUGUCACAACCUCUGGCAAGUAUUUGAUGACAGAAGACCCAUAACCUCUGUUAGGGACCCCCGCAUUGAUACCCUGGAUACAGUAUUGUCAUUUUUUUCUGACUGGAAAGCUUCACUUGUUUCGAAAUUUAAGAAUUAGUCUCAGAUCUCAAGUCAUUUUAUCACUUGGCAGACUAUGUUUGAUAUACAAGUACAGUGUUUUGAGUAUCUGUAUUUUCCAUCCAAGAAUUACAAUGCUCGUCAUACGUUCCUUUGAUGGUUCAAAUGUGGUGUUUAUUAGAGAUAGUCAUACAUUGACAAAAUAACAUUAUGGUACACCUUCUUACUGCUAACAACAACUGGAAAUAAUAAGUGCUUUCUGUUAAAUAAGCAUGUGUUGUCCACUGAUCCCCAUUCUCAACUAUUAAAUAAUAAUAGCUGCAUAUUUCUUUCCAACAGUGUGCACUAUAAUUGGGUACUUUGAGGUCACAUGGCACCUAACAAUGAAACUGUGUCCCUCCAAAAUCUCUGAACGGACAACGUUGCAAAACUCUAGGACAUCAGAGGGUAACAGUGAAUAUUGACCGACAACCGCUGUUACAGCGAGGUUUAAUGAAUUCCCAGCUUCAAAAUUUCCAGCUAUAUAACAAAUCCCUUGGGAACCAGUUAAUUUUGUUUCCCUCUAGCUGUUUCCCGAGGGACCAGUCAUUAAGUGUUUAUUAUUAUAUAUUUACAUUGUCAAUAUUUCUCUUUUGAAUGAAAACCUUCCAUUUUUUAGAUUUAUUUAGUAAUAAUGACUACAUUUAAAGCUGUUAACAAGAAUAUGUAAUGAAUUUUCUCAAAGUGAUUGUUUUAUCCUUUUUUCACUAAUGAAAUAAUGGUCAGGAAUACAAAUGCGUUAAGUGACUGUUGUUCUCACCUCUUUUCAGGUAACAGUGAAUGCUUUAAAAGGAAUUUUGUAGUAUAUCAAAACACAGUUAAUUGAGUGGAAUGGUUAUGAAACCCGUCAGACUCCUUUGUUAUAUGUUUUUGUGGACCUGAAAGUGCACAACGUUCAAAAGAAUUCCUUUCAUUUUGAUUGUAUUGACCAAUAAAAACGUUGCAUUAAUUUAUUCCGUAACAAUUUGCCAACAGAAAACAAAGGAUUGUGCACUUUCACGGUACUUCCAACAUAAACUGCAGCACUGUUGUUCUUAUCAUUGAUGUUUGCCGCUUUUCAUAACCAGUCUCCUCUAAUAACUAUGAUCAAAAGUAAUGAAUUUAAAGAAGAGUUUGGUGAUGAUCUUUAUUUGAUUUUGCAUCGUCUAAAUCGGGAAUGUGUUGAGUCCUAUUUCUCUAUUCAAGGCAAAUGUGUGGUGGUACCAGAAACAUGA